UAUAAUGUAAUAAUAAAUGAGAUUCUUAUAUGUCAAGAUAGUUUCAGAUGUGUGAAUGUCGCAUUAAUUAUAUUAAUACUUGCCCCUCACCGCUGUGGGUUCGAAUCCCGAUAGCGAUUUUGGAUUCUUUCAUGUGAUGAAGCUAUCAGCUAGCUUACGGAAAGUCGGUGGUUCUACUCAGGUGCUCGUUCGUGCCUGAAAUAAUGCACGGAAGGGUACCUGAGGUCUUCCUCCACGAGUACAGCUGGAACGUCGCCAUAAUAUUAUGACCUAUACUGUGUACGUGUGACGUUAAACCCAAUCAAACAAACAAAAGAAACAUAAACUGAAAACUGGUACAGAAUUCUAUAUAUAAUAUUAGUACAUGUAGAUCAUUAAAUAUAAGAGUACUAGUAAAAGUUUUAAGUAAUGCACAUAUUUAUAGCUGCAUUCGUAUUAGAAACGAGGAUAUCGUGAAAUAAUUGUGUACAGACAUUUAUUUGCUAAUUAAACAUGUUUAAAGUAAUUGAGAAAAUAAAUCUUGGUUAAACCUUACAGAAAAUAGAAACAUAUUCUUACAAAACAAAUAUAUCAGAUAUUUAUGACCUAAAAUAAGAUAGAUUAUAAUACUUAUUGCAAAUACAAUAUGAACCUGUUCAAGUUCUAUAAAUUGAUGAAAGAAGAAUGCAAAAAUCACCAAAUAAUUAGAUUGGUAUAAAAGUCCACUAUCGAACGAUUUAGAAAUCACACAUUAGGCAAAAGACUUUAGUCAUGGACUGGAUUAUGACGUUAUAUACGAUUAUACGGAUUAUGAUUACUUUCUUUGUUGCCUUGUUUUGUAUUAAUUUUUAACAAUGUUAAAGACACGAGAAAAUUGUUUUAUUGAAAUUUAAUUGACUGACGGAUUACAAGCAACAAUGAUGCUGACUAUAAGUGCGCUCAUCUUCACGUGUGUUUAGUUGGUGGUACACAUAUUUAAAUAUCUGUUGUGGUUAUUACGAUAUUUAAAAUAUUCCACAUAAAAGUAAAAAUGGCUGUUACGUUUGUACUUGUUUUAUUUAUGUUAUUGGAAGUUUCACAUGGUCAGCAGUAUUCCAAGUCUGUAGAUCUGAUGACUGCGGUACUGACCGGAUAUAACCCUCGACAGCGUCCUGUCCUGGAGCAGAAGGACACCAUGAACUUAACACUGUCUCUCAGCGUUUUCUCUAUCCGGGACCUUGACGAGGUUGAAGGAAAAUUUUCACUUGUUGGUAAAUUAGGCAUGCAGUGGCGUGAUGAAAUCAUUAACUGGUCACCAGCAAGCUAUGGAGGGGCAUCAAAGAUCGAUUUAAAGUUAUCGGAUAUCUGGUAUCCUAAACUUGUUCUAACAAACCCCUUCACAAAAAUGACAGACCUUGGAGAGGAUUGGAUGACCUUGUCGGUGACGUCAUCAGGAGACAUAUAUUUUUUUCCGGUGUCCGUCUUUGAGGCAACCUGUAGUGUGGAUGUUACUUACUACCCGUUUGACACACAGACAUGCACUCUUGAGUUCUCUGAACUGUCAUACUCUGGUACAGAACUAACGUUGACGUCUUCUGGUCCAGUUCAAUUGUCCAGCAGUCUGCAAAGUAGUCAGUGGGAAAUGAUUUCAGCGGAUGUUACAAGGAUACCGGGAAGUAGUGUAUUGGUGGACAAAAUUAAAUACACAUUUACUACCAAAAGGAAAUCGCUUUUUCUUAUCAUAAACAUAUUAACGCCUAUUAUAGUUAUGGCAGUUUUAAACGUCUUGGUGUUUAUACUACCAGCUGAGUCUGGUGAACGACUUUCGUUUUCUGUGACGAUGUUAUUGGCUCUGGCGGUUUAUAUGACCAUCGUUGGCGACAACUUGCCUAAAAGUUCAGAACCCAUGUCUAUAUUGAGUUAUUACCUUAUGGGAACAUUAUUUGUCAGUUCGGCAAUAACAGUGCUUACUAUAUUAAACCUAGAUAUAUACCAUAGACAGGGCCAUGUCAAUCAAUGCUUUAAAAGUCUUGCGAGGAUAAUACUCGCGAAAACAUGUAGAAACAAAAGUAAAGAUACACCAGUUCAAGUAAAGGUCGCUUUUGCAGACGACAAAAAUUCGGAUUGUGUGAGCCCAUCACCAACUGAUGAUAAGGAAGAUAUAAGCUGGCAAGAUGUUAGUUUUGCUGUUGACAGAUUAUGUUUGGUGUUCAUCACUAUUACUAACAUUACGAUGAACAUAGUGUUUAUGACAACACUACAGUCAGGAUCCUAACAACAUACCUGCUACAGUUGUCAUACAACUACAAAAAAAAAAAAUCAGCACACUGGCUUAGGGAUUUUAUAAAUCUGGAAUAGUUAAGUGUACUUGUGUUUCGUUUAACAACAAUUUAGUUCAUUAGUGUGAGUUUAGUGGAUUCCGAUUCCAUUUAUAUUUAUAUUCUUUGAAUGUACCUUAAAUAAACUAAGAAAUGAACUAUCAAGCAAAAUAAUUAAAUAAACUAUAAACAAUCAGUCAAACAAUUUGUAGGUUUGCAGACUAUUAUGGUGAUAAUUAAAUUUUGUUACAUUACGUUUCCUAAGAUUCUUAUCUAUUUAUUAGUCAGAGACUAAUGUUAAAGUUAUAGUUGUCCGGCUAAGUCAGGUAUAACAUAGUAAGCAUGACUAUUUCGUGCUUGCCGGUCGUGAUAGAAUCGCCACUCGAGGAGUUCACAUUAUAGUGAACACAUCGUAUGUGAGAAACAAUGCUUUUAUUAAGCCAUAUUUUCUCAUCCAUUGAUUGGUUCUUAGCAAAAAGAGUGAAUCAACUUGUAAAUAAUCGAUAUAAUAGUUUGAGAACUUUAAAGAUUGCGUGUCCAGAGAUUAUGACCCAAUGGAUUCAUUUACCUCACAGAAAUAACAAUUACUAUUUGUAAUGAUUUGUAUACAACAAUAUUGAAACAAUGCCUUUAUGCUACUGUAGUGUUGUUUAUUAUGUCCAAGACUGAAGGUUUCAUAACUCUUACUAUAGGUGAUGAAUAAUAUAUUUUCAGUUAAGUAAAGCGAAUUAGAAAAUAAAUAUAUAAACGUGUUUUACGAUGUCGGAAAGAUUGAUUUCUUGAAUUGUGUUUUGCUACAAUUUUCUAUCGUGUGUUCCAUAAUAACAUUAUACAAACUGCUAGCGGUAUAUAUACAGUGAAAUAUAACAUAAAUAAGAUUGAUAUCUUUGUGAUAGUCCACCCAGUGUUUCUUGUCAUUUACAACGAAAUAAUAAUGGAGCUACAGCUAAAUAUUUUUGAUAACACACUUUCGACAAUUUUUGUAAAUCUCUCAUUUAGAUUGUGAGCUACAAAAGCGGAUGAAAAAUAAAAUGUUGAGCAUAUUUCGUAAUUCACAAUUCAUGCCAAAGAGCCAAGCCGUCCGGUUCGCUCAAUAGGUACAACGUUGGACUGUGAAUCGGGCGACCCGGGUUCAAUUCCCGGACGGCGCAGGUCACUUUCGUUGUGAUUGAUCAUGAAAUCCUUUCUACGGUCAUUCGCACUGUAUCUCUGCUCUGACAUGUACAGAAGUUUCAGUUCCUUUCGAAAGUGAAGGUAACUAGUACUGGUUGACAGCCUGCCCAGAAACGAUGCGGUGGUUAAAAAGUGCUCUGGUGAAUUCAAUGUGGCUUACUGCCGUGAUCCGGAGUGUCAAACUACUAACACACAUGCUAAAGAGCCUCUUAGUCAUAAAACACAUUUGUAUACGUUUUUCAUUUAGUAAUCCAGAUGUCGUAGAUUCGCGGUACGACAUCAACUUGAGAUGGAUCCAAUACACCAAGAAGGUUAUGCUAGAAAGAUGCAAUUGAAUUCACUCUCAGUUCAGAAUUUUUUAUAUUUUGUGUCGUCCUU